AUGUCAUGCCUCAGCAAAAUGUGGUCAGUAGCAUUUUUCUGGAGGAUGUUCAGGAGCUAGUGAGGUAAAUAUGCUUUAUAGCUGAAGCUUUCAAAUAAAGCCACUAAUUGAAGUUAUGCUUUUUAACUUGAAUUGAUUUGAAACAAAUUUGAAUAUCAAAAGACAGAUUCUGAUUUUGCCAGUAUUCUUAGCAUUGAGAUGAUAAUCUGAAAACUCAUAGGAAAGUUAAUGGAGAAACUUUUUUGAGGAAUAAGUUAUUUUAGAUAUUUUCAUCUCCUUUCUUGAUGUAACCUCAUCAGAAAACAGCUUACUUCUCUCAAGUCUUCUACUUGUAAUUCUUUUCCUUGCAUUUAUUUGUCAGCCUAUUGUUAGUGCAUUCUACUUGUUCAUCUGUCCCUGUUCAUGUGUAUGUUGUAUUUUACUCCAAAUAAAACUAUUCUGUUUUCAAACAUUUAAUCUUUAAGGAGCUGGGUUUUUUAAUAGGAAUGUUUUGUAUAGCCAUUUUUUUAAUAUCUGUAGGAAUGGGUGGCAGAUCAGCAAAGAAUCUUGCUAAAAAUUAGAACAUGUAAAUUGCAGAAUGGUGCUCAAAGAUACACCACAUCAAACAGCUGUAAAACAGUGUAGCAGUGGCAGGGCUGGGAAGUGGCCGGGGUGGUUGUGUUACAGAAACUGGCAUUUAACAGUACUUGUCUCAGGAGCUGCUUGAACUGAAAUGGAUUGUUUUUCUUCAUUCUUUCUCAGACAAGCAAGGCUGUUAAAAUUGUUCAAGCAAUGAUGCCCCGUUCAAAUCUGCCAUACACUUGCAGUCUAAGUUCUCUUGUUUCCUCCAAGUUUAAGUUCUCAUGUUUUAUAUAAGUUCUCUUGUCCUUUUUUUCCCCCCACCGGUUAAGCAAGAUUGCUUUGGGAUAAUGUCCUGUGUCUGUAGCAUGAUAUUAUUGCUGUAGCACAAUAGUAGGGCAUUAUGGGGUGACCUACUCUUCAUGCAGUAGCAAUUAAGUUAAUGAAAGGUAUUAUUUUGCCCCUUGUACAGUCAUCUAAAAGGUUAAGUUCUUAAUAGGGAUGUACCAAAGAACUUUCUGGCUUGUGUUUGCUCAGAGCAACAGGACUACUUUUCUGGGUGAAUAUUGUGGGUUUUUUCUUUGUAAUAACACUCAUUUUAAUGAGAUCACUUACUAUUUCUAAAAGAGCAGGUAAAAGAUGAAGAAAAACAGAGAUUCUUCUACUGCGCUUCUUUUCUGAUAGAUCUUUGACUGAUGAUUUAGCUAGAAUAUUGAUUCUGUGAUAGGCAUUCAUUAUCUGCUUAGAAACAAUCUCAAAAAGAAGGUAGACUGUCGACUCCAGUAUAUGGCUAGGUCUCAGUGAAAUAAGUUGCCUGUAGAAAAGCAUUGUUACAGACAUUGUUAUCUCCUCAAACAAGGCAAAUCUUGUAGAGAGCUGUGCAGUGCAAAAUUGAAACACCGACUUCGAUUUCCUGCCUUGCAGAUUGCCACUUUAGGGAGUGUGAGAUCACUGUGAUGCUCACAUUGGUUUGUGUUGCAGAAUGGCUAAUUAAAGGGCUUUUGUGGAGCUCUUGAUGGAAAAUACAUGAUCUUUGACAGAUGAUAUUCCUGUCAAAGAAGACCUAGAGCAUUGUACAGUAACAGUUCUCUUUUUGUGGAGAUAAGUACAAUAUUUUGAAGAUGGAGAUGACAUAUGAAUCUCUCCUGGCAGUGUCUGAUAUUUCUAAAACUUCACUUCCUUCCCUGAGGUGUAAAUUCUAAUACUGCUUUUACCAGCCUUUGUUCCCUGUACUGUUCAAAUAGACAUCAUCCAUUUCUUCCACUUCACUUGUUAAGUCCCUAGUUAUGCCUGAAGGGAAUGUUUAAAAAGAAAAUUUCUCUAUAACUGGCUGGUCUGCAGGAAUCAAAUAUCUUUCAAAGCUGUGGUUUUCUUUUUUUGGGUGUGUUUUUUAUUUUAUUUUAUUUUAUUUUUGCUUGCAGACUGAAGAAUAUUUUUUUAUGGGGACGAAAUUCAGGCAGCUCAGCUUCGCUAGUGUUGAAUCUGACAGCCAACAAACAACCCUAUGCACUGACAGUGACUUCAACUCAGCUGCUGGUCGUUCAUAAAUGAGCCAGCAUUGCUGCAUGCUCUUCAUGAGAGUGUAUAUUACCUCAUGAUCCUUAACUGUUUUUAAAGUACUCAUUAGUCUGUUUUUCUCUUGUGGAUAAUAGCCAUUUUUUAAAAUGUGCUAAGGUGAAUGCUAGUAUAUAUUGACACUUAGUCUGCAAGUGCACCUCUUUAUUUGAUAAGCUAAUAUUAAGGACAGCUGCUGUUUGGACAUUUCUCAUAUACCUUACCUUUGGGAAACCCAGUCAUCUGCUAGGCAUUUAGAUUUCAAUCCAGCCAAAAGGUUCCUAAGAUUCCUUGAUUUGAUUUCCCUUUUCUGCCAUUAUCAAGGUCAGCUCUUGGCUUCUGUGUGAUAGCAAAUGCUGGCAGACCACACUGAAGUGACUCUUACUGCUUCAGGAAGCAAAUGUGAAUCAUCUUGCAGUGUCAGGUAGCUGAAUGGAUCAAGCUUAAAAAUUUUGAUCUGUUCUAGGAGGAUGUGCCUUCUAAAACAUGUUAAAACCAAUUUAAUUUGAAGCUAAGUUUUUAUGUGAGCAGGUAAAAAUUGUUAUUGAAAUUAUUAUUGUAACUGACUUUGAGCAGAGAAGGUGCCUAGGGAGUUACCAUGUGACUGUUGAUUUUGACAAUGUCCCUUUGAAAGCAUUGGCACAGGAUUCUUGCCCUGCUCUGGCUGCCUGCAGACUCUCUGAAAGCAUCUAGAUGUGCCCUCCUUUUGGAUAUAUCCUGUAACAUUAGGCAGCCUAUUUAGAGUCAACUCUUCUCCAAAUAAAGGAACCUGUUAAUGUCUUGGGGUGUCCGUGGUAAGCCAUGGUGAUGCUGCGUGGUUGGUGCAGGACUCUGGCAGAGCAGCUCACGACUGACAGCUGCUGGUGGACAAGGGAUCUGCCUGGAGACCUCCCCAGACUGCAGGUGGCUUUUUGAUCCCGUACCUUAUCAUGCUGAUUGCCGAGGGGAUGCCACUGCUCUACUUGGAGCUGGCUGUGGGGCAGCGUAUGCGUCAGGGCAGCAUCGGCGCCUGGAAAAUGAUAAGCCCCUACCUUUGUGGUGUUGGUGUUGCCAGUGUUGUCGUCUCCUUCUUCCUCUCCAUGUACUACAACGUGAUAAACGCCUGGGCCUUCUGGUACCUUUUCCACUCCUUCCAGGACCCCCUGCCAUGGGCCACCUGCCCCCUCAACAGCAACCGCACCGGCUACGAGGAGGAGUGUGAGAGGACGUCAUCCACCCAGUACUUCUGGUACCGGCAGACCCUGAACAUCUCUCCAUCACUGGAGGCCAGCGGGAGCGUGCAGUGGGAGCAGGCGCUCUGCCUGACACUGGCCUGGCUGGUGGUUUAUCUCUGCAUCCUCCGUGGCACCGCCUCCACUGGCAAGGUCGUCUAUGUGACAGCCUCUUUGCCAUACUGUGUUCUCAUCAUAUACCUCAUCAGAGGAUUAACACUUCAUGGAGCUGUGAACGGUCUUUUCUACAUGUUCACACCAAAGCUGGAGCAGCUGUUGAACCCCAAGGCGUGGAUCAGCGCUGCCACGCAGAUCUUCUUCUCGCUGGGCCUUGGCUUCGGCAGCCUCAUUGCCUUUGCCAGCUACAACGAGCCCAGCAACAACUGCGAGAGACAUGCCAUCAUUGUCUCGCUCAUCAACAGCACCACCUCCAUCUUUGCCAGCAUUGUGACCUUCUCCAUCUACGGCUUCAAGGCGACCUUUAACUAUGAGAGCUGUAUAAACAAGGUGAUCCUGCUGCUGCUGAAUGCUUUUGACCUGGAGGAAGGCUCUUUGACAGCGGACAACCUCAGUGAGAAGAAAGACUACCUCAUGGCCACCUACCCACAGGAAUAUGCCCAAUUAGCGCCUCAGAUUAAAAACUGCAGUUUAGAAGCUGAGCUAGACACAGCUGUCCAGGGGACAGGACUGGCAUUUAUAGUCUAUUCUGAAGCGAUCAAAAACAUGGAGGUGCCCCAGCUGUAUUCUGUGCUCUACUUCUUCAUGCUGCUGAUGCUGGGCAUCGGCAGCAUGCUGGGGAACACGGCCGCCAUCCUCACACCGCUGACCGACAGCAGAGCCAUUGGCGCCCGCUUCCCCAAGGAGGUGAUCUCAGGUGUUGUGUGUUUCAUUAACUGUGUGAUUGGCCUGAUCUUCACCAUGGAGGCUGGAAAUUACUGGUUUGACAUAUUCAAUGACUAUGCAGCCACCCUCUCUCUGCUGCUCAUUGUGCUGGUCGAAACCAUCGCUGUGUGUUACAUCUAUGGGAUAAGAAGAUUUGAGAAAGAUCUUUACACCAUGAUUGGACGCAAGCCAAACUGGUAUUGGAAAAUUAUGUGGGCCUUUGUUAGUCCUCUGCUAAUUAUAAGCCUAUUUAUAUUUUACCUCACCGACUAUAUCCUCACAGGAACCUUGCAAUACCAAGCGUGGGAUGCCACACAGGGGCAGCUGGUGACGAAGGAUUACCCAGGCUACGCCCUCGCAGUGAUUGGGCUGCUGGUGGCAGCAUCCACCAUGUGCAUACCCCUGGGGGCACUAAUGACUUUUAUAAGGAAGAGACUGAAGAGGGAAAGAGUUUCAACAGUUGCAUGAAUGCUGACAGCUGGAUUUGGGAAGACCUUACCCCCGUCAUCAGUGACAGGGCACUUCUGGAAGACAGCAGCAACCAUUAUUUGUAGCAGCUAUUUAUAGAGUUGAGAAUGGUGGGUGCUAUAUUGACCAAAAAGUGCUCUUGGGAGGUUCCACAAUGGUUUGGGGAAAAAAAAGCUCUUCUGUAACAAGAUGAAGCUUUAAAAUAGCCUAUGUAUGAGAGGGGGAAACCAGAAGAGCAGCUCACAAAAUGCUAGUUAGCACAAAUUAACCAGCUCAUCAGCCCAUUACACCAUGUUAGGUAAUUCUUUUCCACUUUGUUGUAGCACUGCCUGUGUGGAAACAUGAGCAACCAACUAAGCAUGUUCCUGCACCAAAGUACCGGCAAAUAUCCCUUACCCAUUCAAGACAGCUGCACUUAAGAGUGCACUUUAUUUCAAAUGACAUCUGUAUUUCAUCAACAGAGGAAACUGUUGAAGUCUGCCAGUGAGAAUGUGAUAAUCCCUUUCCUACAUGGGAGAAAUCAGUAGCAUGGUAUUGGGAGAUAAAUGUGGCCCACCUGGCUUCUUUUAUACUGGUGUUCAGCAAAGCACUUUAUAUAUAUAUAUAUAUACAAAAACAUAUAUGAGUUGCACAAGUUCUUUCCCCCCAAGAAGUAAGCUUCCAAUUCCAGUACAUAACUGUGCACUAUGCUGUACUUUGUAUUUUCUAGGGAUGCACUUUAAGUACACUAGAAGGUAUCUGUGACAAAGCUGCUUUAUGAGCCCCACCCAAACAAAAGUAUGCCAUAUAAUUAGCUUUGACAAAGUUCAUAUCCAGGUAUUCUUUAAUCAUCAGAUGUAACAAUCCAGCAGUUCCACUGACCUGGUUAAUUUCCCCAUGUAUAUGUUUUAUAAAGAAAGCAACAUGUUUAAAUUGUAAGCUUCAUGUAAUAG